AUGAAGUUUCUGAUCGACGAGUUGGAAGAUAGGCCCAGGGCGGCUACUUUUCUUACGUCGCUGGCCAACUACUCAAACACAAUCCCGACAGCUGACGACCCGGAUGUUAAACCAGUACCGCCUGCACGUAUGGGCACGCUCAUUGGUGUCUACCUGCCCUGCAUCCAGAACAUCUUCGGCGUCAUCCUCUUCAUCCGUCUGACAUGGGUGGUCGGUACCGCCGGGGCUAUACAAGGAUUCCUAAUCGUGCUUACUUGCUGUUGUACGACUAUGCUUACGGCGAUAUCGAUGUCUGCGAUCGCGACAAACGGCGUGGUGCCGGCGGGCGGCUCGUACUUCAUGAUCGGGCGCGCGCUUGGCCCCGAGUGCGGCGGUGCGGUCGGGAUGCUAUUCUAUACAGGCACCACGCUAGCUGCUGCAAUGUACAUCGUCGGAGCUGUCGAAAUUGUUUUGUAUGGCAAGCUAUGA